CAAAACGAAGGUGAUACAAUGGUAAAGAUGGCGACUACACUUAGUUAUGAACUAAUAACUUAAGUACUUUUUACAAUUAUAAGACUAAUCCAUUGUGUGGAUAUAUAUUUCAACACAUUUUGCGUGUUAGAAGCUUUCCAAGCUGGAGACUGCAGAGAUUAUGCCCAUUCAAGCUCCACAGUGGACAGAGUUUUUGUCCUGCCCAGUGUGUUACUCCGUGUUCAAUGAACAGCUCUAUCGUCCCAUCAGUCUGGCCUGUGGCCAUACCAUCUGUCGCACGUGCCUCUCGAAACUCCAGCAGAGAAAGUGCCCGUUUGACAACUCUCCUAUAUGCAGGGACCUCGGUGAUUUGCCUGCGAACUUUGCCCUACUGCAGUUGGUCAGCGCUACUGCCGCUCCGGACAACAAGCUAAACUGUGUCCCUGAACAGUAUAAGAAGUAUUAUGACGCUGCAAAGAAAUGCGUGGAAGAUCUGGCACUGUUACUUAAGCCAGUCUCGUCUAGUAGUUCUGGGUCCAUCAUCUCAGGGUCCUCCUCCUCCUCCAGCAGUGACUCCGGCAGCUCCAACUGCGUGCUCAGCCGGCCCAUGCAGCGAAAGCUCAUCACCCUUGUAAACUGUCAGCUGGUUGAGGAAGAGGGUCGGUCCCGGGCCCUUCGAGCGGCUCGGUCUCUUGGGGAGCGCUCGAUCACUGAGCUCAUCCUCCAGCACCAGAACCCCCAGCAACUGUCGUCCAACCUGUGGGCCGCUGUGAGGGGCAGAGGGUGCCAGUUCCUUGGACCAGGCAUGCAGGAGGAGGUGUUGAAGCUGAUCCUGCUGGCCCUGGAGGAUGGCUCGGCGCUGUCCAGGAAGGUGCUGGUGCUGUUUGUGGUUCAGAGGUUGGAGGCUCAGUACCCACAGGCCUCCAAGACGGCCAUUGGGCACGUGGUCCAGCUCCUUUACAGGGCCUCAUGCUUCAAGGUUACAAAACGAGACGAAGAAUCCUCUCUGAUGCAACUUAAGGAGGAGUACCGGUCGUAUGACUCAUUGAGACGCGAACAUGACUCCCAGAUUGUGCAGAUUGCCAUGGAGGCCGGAUUGCGUAUAGCGCCAGACCAGUGGUCCUCCCUGUUGUAUGGGGACUCCACACACAAGUCUCACAUGCAGUCAAUCAUUGAUAAGCUACAAACCCCGCAGACGUUUGCGGCAAGUGUAACAGAGUUGUUGAUCGCCCUACAGCGGACUGCUGACCCCCACAACUUGGCGAGACUGAGACCCGAGAUGGAGUUCCUGUCCAAUAUCGACCCUUCACCAGAUGUACCAUGUCCAACAUGGGAGAACCUAGACGGAGUGAUGAAGGCUGUCCAGACGGUUGUGGAGGGCCUGGUGACCUUCCUGCAGACUGCGGGCAUGAGGAAACAUGACUUCCUGACGCCAUUCAAUGCGCGCUAUAAGACCAGCAUGUGCCGGGACUUCCUGGAACGCAGGAACUGUCCCCGCGGCGCCAGCUGCACGUUUGCUCAUUCUGAAGAGGAAUUGGAGAAGUAUAGACAGAAGAGUAAGCGUGCAGCUCGCACCUACAGUGGCACAUACGGAGAGGACACCAGGUGCAGUAUUGACAUUAUGGGUCAAGCUGAUCUAGAGAGGUCCCACCAUGUGUCCAGGGGAGGCUACCAGCAUACAGGCAUGCCCCUGCAGAUCCCCCAGCAGAUUCUGGUCCCCCCUGGGGACUCAGUACCCAGCAUUGCCCCUCCCACAGGCCUGCCACACCCACCCAGCAUGGAGGUCAGCUUACCACCUGGAACCGUUGUGCAGCCACAUGGCAGUCUGGAUCCUAUAAGGAAGAACAGCAUGGUAGCUAUCAACACACAGAACCCUCAGACUGGUUAUAUAGCACCCAUAGAGGAUCCAGUCAAGGCGGAUGUCGCUGCUGAUGCUAUGGCCACACAUCAGAUCAGGUUUGGUCCACCAAACGGAGACACAGCCAUUUUACAGACAGGAAGUGUGGUCUCUCAAGGGAGAGAAUCAAUGCCAUCCUCAGCACCAACCAUACCUCAAGCCUAUGUCCAACCUAUGAUGUCACAGAACCCUGCCCCUGUGGUCGCCACGCAGGUCCAGGGGGUCAUGCAAGGAAUGGUUGCUGGGCAACAUGUUGCAGGUAUUAUGAAUGCCCCAGAGGUGGGGGUGAAUGUCCCAGGGGUGGCGGGAAUGAUGAAUGGCCAAGGAAUGGGAAUGUUGCAGCCAGUACAGCAGGGUAUGAUGGGGCCUGGGCAUCCACCCACAAUGCAGGGAACCAUGCAGCAGGGUAUGAUGGGGCCUGGACAGCCACCCACAAUGCAGGGAACCAUGCAGCAGGGUAUGAUGGGGCCUGGGCAGCCACCCACAAUGCAGGGAACCAUGCAGCAGGGUAUGAUGGGGCCUGGGCAGCCACCCACAAUGCAGGGAAUCAUGCAGAACAUGCCUGCAAUGAUGCCUCCAUAUGGCUUCCCAUAUGGACCAGGUGCUGGAAUGAUGGGCCCCCGAUUCCCCAUGUACCCCAUGAUGUACGGGCAGUACCCCUACCCUUACAUGCCCUACCCGUAUCACCAAGGUUACAUGGGCCAAGAUGUUGGAAGAAUGACCUUUGACCCCCACUAUUACCCUCCCCUCAACCCCUUUGUGGAUUCUUGGAAGCCCCCUACAAGUGCUGGUUGCCCGCCAGGUCCAGGAAUGUGGCCGCCGUAUCUGGGUCAGCAAGGUCACGAGGUCACAAGUGGGUGUGAGGUGUGCACGUUGCAGAAGGAGAAAGAAGAGAGGAAACGACAGGAAACAGAGGAGCAGUCAAGGCUGUGUGAUAAACAUGCACACUCGCACCAGCACAAGGUCUACAAGGUUGACACUACUGUUAGAAACAGCACUGAAACCACAGCAACUGUGAAAAGCAACAGCAACAACAACAAACGGGGUAACGAUUCCGGAAAAUCUGAGGUCAUUAAUAAACAGAACAGCUACAAAAACAAUAAUAAUGACGAGACAUCUGAAGAGAGUAAUAAUGUGUCAGUAGCCCAGGGAAAAGGCAAGCGAGAAGUCUCAACGUCGACUAAGGGUGCUGUGCAGCAGGUUGGCAACCCACCUCCGGAAUGGAGCACCAAUGAUGAUGAAGACCAUGACGAGUUCACAACGGACAAUGAGUUUGAUUAUGAGAGGAGCAGCCGUGAGUUUGAACAGGAGAGGGCGAAAUCAAGGGAGGACCACAGGUGGGAAAAGGAUAGCAAACAUCCUGCCAGACAGGUUGCUGGCAGCAGGGACUUGAAAACUAAAGGCAGUAAAUCUCAGAACCUCCUGGCAUACAGAAGUCAGCCCUUGCCCAAACUGCCUGAGUCAAAUGCUAAACUCUAUCGACAGUCACUGCACAGCCUGCACGAGAAGAGGAACUCUCUGAUCCAGCAGCUGCAGCAGAAUGACAAGGAGGCCACAGCUCAGAAGCAGAAACUGGAGGAGCUCAGCAUGCCCAACCUGUUCAGGUUUUCAGCAGCCACAUAUGUAUCUGAGGCGGAGGCAGUAAAGAUGACCUUGUCCCACCCGUGUCCCAUCGACACUGGACCCGUGAAACUGAAGGCCAUCAACCGGACCAAUGGGGAGAUAUUUGAGAGACUGGGGGCUAUCUCGGGGGUCCACUCUGGACAAGUGAACGACAGCAUCCUUGCCUCCUGGACAACUAGCGCACUCUCAGACAAAAACGACAAGAAGUCAUCAGCCCAAACCAAUCAGAGAAACAAAAACCAGUGGUCCAACUGCGAGAGGGCUCACAAUGAGUUCCCCUACUGGCAGGACCUGACUGCUGACCUUGACCUCACCCACGACCUUGACUCCCCAACCUCCACCGCCGCCCACAUUCCUCAGCCCACCAGCACCUAUACCAGCCAGACAAGCACCUGCUCCCCCAUGCAUAGCCAGCCCACUGUGUAUCACAACACGAUAGUCAGCUCACUGGGCCAGACUAGCAGCACAGUCACCUCAUGCCAGGCCGUUAGAUCCUCAGAGGGUGGAGUUGGCGGGUAUAGUACCAUGGCUGGGGCCUCCACGUAUGGCAAGAUGAGCAGUUCGUCACCUAGUUAUUUCACCUCUUCAAAUUUGAAUGGUAGUAGCUCAGCUAGUGCUGUUAAUCUGCUGAAAAACAAAACGAAUGUUGUGUACAAUUCUAUGUCAUCUGAGCCGGAAGCCUACAGUUCAGCGAAGCCGAGAUAUUCGCAGGCGUUCAGCGAGAGUGAACAGUCAACAAACGCGGCCACUGUGUGGCCUGGUACUUCGUUCAGUCAGACUGAGCCCUCUGUGAGACAGACUGGUACUUCUGAGAACUACUAUGAUUUCCCACAGCAAUCUGAGGAGGAUCAUAUCCCGUUUGUGGAGGGCUCUCCCAUCAUAUCCAAGUAUGGCCCCAUAUCUCGCAACUCUAGGGGCCUGGGGCCCAUGGACAUCUCAAGGGCCGUGGAUGUCAUGGCAGAUCCGAGUGUGAAGAUGACACCAGCUACUGCUGUGUCCCCAAUGUCAGGCGGUCCCCUGCCAACCUCUCAGCUGGCUCCCAGCAGAUACACUGGACAUCAACCCCACCUGCACCCUGCUGCCAUGACAAUGUCCCACCACCCAUCGUCUAUGACAACCCCGUUGUGGGAGAAAUCAUACUCACUGUGGACAACGCAGGUGAACUUGCUGGAGCAGAAAGCCUUGAAGGCGAGCACGGAGGAUGAGAAACUCAGCGUCAGACUGCAGGCCAUACAACUGCAGAUCACUCUGAAAGAGCAAGAGCUUGAGCAGGCCCAGGCCUUGGAAUCGGAGGGUAACACCAGCUGGAGCAACUAGGGGAGGCCAGUCUCUGGCAGCUAGGGGCAGCGAUCCAAGAAUCCCAGUGGAGGCAAUCACAGAAUCUCAGGGGAGACAAUCCCAGGAAGCCAGGGGAGACAACUGUUUUUCUGGCAGCAAGGGAAAUAAUCUUAAUCUGGACAUGCAUCACCUUUGUACCAAUGAAAACAACACUGAGAUAGUAUAAGGUGUACAUAGUUUUGCAGCCUUUCCAGUCUUUUCCAUCUUUAAAGCAAACAAGAUGUGCUCUCAGUGAAAGCUGAUAUCUAAGGAAAUAGUAGAUUUAUACUCAUUUGAGUAUUUGUGGAUGGUAAUGUUUUUUAGCCAUGCUGUGGGAAAACAGGGCUUAAUGCAUGUGUGUAAAGUGUCACUAUAGAUAAUCAUGUGCAGUUUGCACAGGCUAAUCAGGCAUGACACUUUUCCCUUUAAUUGUAUUUUUUCGUUUUAAGGAAUUUCCAUCUUAUAAAAAAAUCCAGUUAAGGCUGAAAGUGGCUAACCUGAAUAGCAUGUGCAGACUUCACAGGAUAAUCUUUGACAAAUGAUGUGCACAUGCAUUAAGCCUUGUUUACCUUAAAAAAUGUACAAUGGCUUUGAUUUCAAUUUAUGUUGCAAAAAAAGAAGUGAAUUUAAGUGAGCUGUAAAUUUAACAACAGUUGUUAAGUUUUUGUCAAAGAAAGAUUUAGCAAUAUUGAACCUACACAUAAAUCAAUCAACAUGCUGAUUUUUGUGUAUGUUUUCCUUAAGUCAGCUGUAAUUUUGUAUUUGGUUACAUUUUUGUGUAUUUUUACUAAUCACUAUGCAAAAUACCUCUUAAGAAAUCUUCUGGAAGAAUUGUACAUAAACUUAUUGAUACUUUAUUUUGUGACUUUAAUUUUUAUUACCUGUUUUGUGCUAAUUUUUUGUAAAUAUGAAUAUAAUGUGCUGUUAUGUUGCUUUCUUGUAAAUGCUAGACGAAUGUUGGGUUGGAAUACUGAUAAAAAAUAAUGCAGUUUUUGCAAAGGACUUUACAAAAUGACUGUAAUUAUUUUUAAUAAUGAUUGAUUUUCUCCCUUUCAUGAGAAUAGUGAACAAUACAUUGUAUUUGACUGUAAAUAAGUGAUAUUUUUCAGGAUUUCUUUAAUUGUCCAUUUAAGUUAUGUUUAAUUGGAAUAUCAAAAAAAAAAUUGAACUUUAUUAAAAGCUGUUUCUUCUGCAUAUUGCAACAUACAGCAACCGUAUAGAUUGAUAAUAACUUUAAAGCAUCCUUAUUACAAAAGCAAUCGCCUUCACUUAAAACUCUGCUUACUGUACAAAAAAUAACACAGAACAAGUUUCACUCUUUCCUUAUAUAUUGGGCCUUAAUAGACUUUUUGAAAGUUAGUUUUGACACAAUGGCUUCUAGUAAUGGUUAUGAUAUCUCAUAACUUUCACACUAAGUUAUUAUGUAUUUUUCUUGCUUCAUAAUUUGUUUGUCAUUAGUUGAAUGUUUUAUACUCUGAUAUUUAUUUCUCAUUUGUUUUUUUCGCAGUGCAAUGACUGUUUUAUGUUUGGAAGAUUGUAAAAUUCCGUUUUUAAGGAAUAUUGUGAUAUAUUUUGUUGCCAGUUCAAUCAGAACUAUGUGAACUUUAGUUAUAUAAAGUACUCACUUAAACGUGUCAACUUAUUGAAAUGUGAGCAUGUCAUGCAAAAAUGGGUCUUAUGCCAUAUGCUGUCAUCGUAGCUUCGGACCAACAUGCGAAGUCUGGUUAGAAGCUACCCUAUCCACUAUUAAGUCAUACAGGGUUUCGUUGUCUGAUUAGUGGACAUGGUAGUUUCUGAACAGACUGCGCAGGCUGGUCUAGAGCUACCUCAGCCGCAUUUCACAUAGGAUCCUUUGCAUGACAUUGCUCAUUUUGUUAUUUCCAAACCACAGUCAAUCUGGGUUUUUAGUGUCACUACAUGUACAGUUGGAAAUAUCAAUUAACUUAAAUAAAAUGAAUUCAAAUCAGAGGUAUAUUAUAGAUGUAUUAAAUUAUUGUAGUAAUUUGUUGCUUAAAAGCUAUUUCAGUUACUUGGCAUGGCACUUGUCAAAAAAUAAAUUCUGAAGAAAGUUCCAAAUUAUUUUAUUUAUGUUUUAAUAUGUAGAACUUAAAUUCAUGGCAUAUUUGUCAUAAAUAAAAAUCGCAAUAAAAAUAUAUGUAUUUUAGAAAUACCAAUAUUUGUAUUGAGAUGCAAAUUCAUUAUUGUAUACAUGAGUUUGUUCCAGCCUGUCACCUAGAAAACUUAAUCUGUAUUGUUAACUUAUAAAUAAUUUAAUAAGUUAUUGAAUAUGGAAAAUGUGAAGAAUUAGAAUACCUUUAUAAAGGUGUACAUGUGAAAUUUAAAAAAGUAAAUAUUGCCACUUAUUAAGACCUUAAACAUGUUUAAAUGUUUUGUUUUUGUGGGUCGCAAGUUGAGCUUCGUUCUGAGAUAACUGGAUUUAACGCAUGUGUGUAAAGUGUCAUCCCAGAUUAGCCUGUGCAGUCAGCACAGGCUAAUAAGAGACAACAUUUCCCGCCAAGACUUCAAGACUUAUUUUAACAGUAACAUCCUUUCAACAAAAAAUCCAUACAAGCAGAAAGCGUCAUCACUGAUAAGCCUGUGUGGACUGCACAUGCAUAAAUCCUCGUUUUCCUUAAGCAAGGCUCAUUUGUAUUUCAUAAUUGAACAAUUGAGACGUGUUCUGUGAUAUUGGGGUGUAAUGCAUGUGCGUAAAGUGUUAUCCCAGAUUAGCCUGUGCAAUCCGCACAGGCUUAACAGGGACGACACUUUCUGCUUUAACUGGAUUUUUGCCAAGAAGAUACUAUCUUUAACCGAAAAAAAUACAUUUAAAGCGGAAAGCGUCAUCCCUGAUUAGCCUGUGCAGAAUGCACAGGCUAAUCUGGGACAAUACUUUGCGCACAUGCAUUAAACCCCCUUUUCACAGAGCACUGCCCAAUUGUACCCAUGAAGUAUUGUUUGUACAGAUAUAACACUUCUUUGUUGUACAUAUGGCUGGUACUUGGCUCUUGUAUGUAAAUCUGCCCUUAUAGAAUAUUUUGCUUACAUUUUGCUGUUUGCAUUAUAUCUACCUAUGGUAUAUGUUGUAAUUUCUCUCAAAUAUAAAAGGUAUGUUUAUUGAUGUCAUAUGAUUUACAUAUGUAUUGUCAUUUAUUUGAUUAUUGUUGGUAGUCACUGACCCACCCCUUGUCACUAUGGUCUUGAAUUAAACUCACCUUACUGCAAAUUUUAGUUGCCGUUAUGUCUUAUGUUUGGGUUCAGAGAAUCACCCUUUCACAUCAGUAAGUGUGGCGAAGGUCAAAUUGCCAUGGGUGCGUGAUUAGUAGCUGUAUACAGAUGUUUGUUUUUACUUUUAAGCCUAUCUUGAAAAAUGUGUUUAAAGACAUUGGCACUGAGAGGGUUGUCCAUAAACUUGUUGUAUCUCGUUAAUAUUCAUAUGUGAUAUGCACAAAUUUCACAAUCAGCCCUUGAAUUUUGCCAUUAAGAUGUGCUCAUAUAGUGUGUCCAUCUUAAAGUGUUUUGUUUGUUUAUUUUGAGGUCCCUUUCAAAUUGAACGGAAUCUUGAGGGACAUCUUUGAACGAGAUUAUUUUGUUAAUCUGUUUUGAUGGUAAAGGCAGAAUAUUUCUGUGUGUCAUUUGUGUCAUUUAAACAUUGUUCAUUUUAGGCUGAAAUAUAAUUUCUUUGUUUAAAAAGAAACACUGCUUAACUUGAGAUGUGUAUAAUGAUUUGUAUUGCCUAUUGCCUUAUUAGCUGGGAUUUUUAGUGUUAAAAAUAGCUACAAGUAUAUUAUUAUGAAAUAGUGUAUCAAUGUGAGUUUUUUCAAUAAGUGUUGUAUUGUUCAAUACCAGGUCACGAAAAGAGCAGAAGAUAUUUCAAAUAAAUUAGUGAAUUUAUUUUUCUGGUAAAAGAGACAGAAUUGGUCUGGCAAGUUAACUUUCAUAUACAGUUUCUACCAACAUUCAAAUAAAUUUGGAUUUUUUUUUUUUUUUCAUUCAUGUUCUAAAAUAUAUAUGAUGAUUGUAAUUACCCCAAAUGUUUGUGUAUGAAUUUAGUGGUUGUGCCUCCCUAAGAAGAGGAGUAAAGUUUUUGUUUAGCACCUGUCUGUCAAUCAGAUGGACAGUAGGUUGUAAGGUCAGUAGACCAUUCCUUUCCCCUCGAUAUCUAGGGACUAUGACCCUACAAAAAUGUUAACUGGUAUGAAGUUCUAAAUUGCUUUGCUGGUUACUUGAGAGGAAAUUCAAUGCCUAUUGUUUUUGGAGUAAACAGGAAAAAGGAUAAAGGUCAUAUCUGCUUAUUACAUUGAAAACAAAAUCUAGAGAAUAAUAUGGAUCAUGUAAAUUAGCUGGUUGGUCUUCACAAAAGAUGACCCAGUGUAGUUUUCAGGUCAAUAGAUCAAAGGUCAAGGUCAAAUGAAAGUCUUUACUGCAUGUCAGGAGCAUACAUAUUUUACAUUUCUUGUUUUACUUGUUAUUGUGAAAUUACAAAGGCACGCUAUUCUAUCACCUUUGUUGAAAGUUAAGUCACCUUCAUUGUUAGUUCAUGUUUAAAUGAGCUUAAUUAUAAUAAGUGGGUAAUUGUGAAAUGCUGAUUGGAGUAUAUUUCCAGUUCUGCAUCCCGAAAGGACCUGGGUCAUCUAAUGAAUAGCCUGAAAUGGCUGUACAUCUCUUCAGCAUGUUGUAUCAUUCAACUGUCCCAUCUCCUAUAGUGUAUAGGCAUUGAGGAUGAUUUUCUAUCAAAGGGGUUAAUCACGUUACAAACAAGAUGGCGACAUUCAUGCUGAGACAGGUAUUGAUUGUCUAAAUGCUGCUCGCUUUCCAGCCAAAUCAGCAAGACAUUUCUAAGUUGGGUAUAAAAUUACUACUUCCGCUAAGAAAAUUUGCAGCGAGUAAAGUGAAGAUAAAGAGCGAAUAUUUAAACAAAAUAAAUGAUUAUCACUUUCUCGCUGAUAUGGCUGGAAAGUGAGUGGCAUUUAGACAAUAAAUACAAGUAAUAGAGGGUAUAAAACGGCAAAAAAUACCUGUCAAAGCAUGGACGCCAUCGUGUUUGUCAUGUAAUUACCCCCUCUGUUUAUUAGUGGUAUAUAUGUUGAUGACAAAAUAGUAUUUGUCAGAUGCAUGAUAAUAAGAAUGCUCAAUCAGACUGAGUUCUUUUUGUGACUACUGUAUUGGGGUGUGGUGUAAACAAAGAAUGCUCUUAAAUGUUGAACUUAAUUCCUACUCUGUCUGUUAUUCUUUAAGGGAUUAUAGUCAUGAUUUUACCUAGACUAUGGCCUCAGAAUUCUUAAAAUGAAGAGCUGUUAGAAGAAUUACUGCAUUGUUUUAUUUGGGAUUUUGAAUUAUAAAAGAAAUGUUUGUCAGUGGUACAUAGUCAUUUUGCCAUGUUUACUUGUGCAUUCAACACAUUUCAAAUAUCAAAUAUGUUUCUAUGAAAUUGAUAAUUGGCUAUAAGUGAGUUUACAUAUGAGUGUUGUUAAUUUGUUAUAAAUUGUAUUCAGUAAUCAUAGAAUGUCUCUUUAUUAGAAAUUUUCACUUUUUGUGUGAAAUUGAUUAUAAUGCUUUAAGAGUUGUAUGUUAAUUAUGAUGUUUUAAAUGUUUGUUACGCAAAUGCCUAGUAAUUUAGAGUUAUUAUAUGAUGAGUUUAUUUCUGUAUAUUACAGAUAAUAUGGACUUCAUAGACCUAAUAUUUUAUGGUGAUUGCUUAUCAAUUAACAUCAUGAAAAGCACACUUCAUAUUCUUGAGGUGUCAUGGAUAAAUGGCCACUGAGCUAUUCUGCAUUUUUGGGGGUAUUUUCUUACAAAGAUGAAGAUAUAAUCUUUUGCCAGGCUGCUAUGUAAAAAAGAAAGCAAGAAACAAGUUUGUUUUUUAUGUAUAAUUAUGAAGUUUUGUUGCAUAACAUCAAACACAUAGUAGAAACAAUACAAAUUGAGACUAUAAACCACUUGUUUCCAAUUUACUAAAAUGUUAAAAUUUAAUGUUUUUGUUUUAACUUAGUUAUGUUCUUGUCUUGAAGCAAGCCUAAGUUUUUCCAUAUUAAAAUAAACCAAGCUUUAACUUCAAUGCAGAUCGAAGUAAAUGCUCAAAGCCAGAAUUUGUACAUUAUGACUACUAUACUUGUUAUUGAGUGUUGUGUUUAAAUGCAUUUAAAUAUUGGCUGUGCUCUGUGAAAAGGGGGUUUAAUGCACGUGCAUAAAAUGUCGUCCCAGAUUAGCCUGUUCAGUCCGCACAGGCUAAUCAGGUACAACACUUUCCGCCUAAACUGGAUUUUUGCUAUGAAAAGACUUUCUUUUAAACGAAAUUUAUCAUAAAAGCAGAAAGCGAAAGUGAAGACACUUUACGCGCAUGCAUUAAACCCCCUUUUCACAGAGCACUGCCCAUAAUUAAUAAUGUGCUUAUUUUUUAUAUUGUUUUUGUUAGCUCACCUGAGCGAUAGCUCGGGGUGAGCUAUUGUGAUCACUCACCGUCCGGCGUCCGUCCGUCCUGUCUGUAAACAAUUUGUAAACAUCUUCUUCUACUAAACCAUUGAGCCAAUUUCAACUAAAUUUCAUGUGGAGCAUCCCUAGGUCAUGGGACAAAAGAAUUGUUAAAAAAAAUUUGAUCACAUAACCAAGAUGGCCGCCAUGACCAUAUAUGGUAAAAACCUUAAAAAAUCUUCUUGUCAGAAACCGCUCAUCAGAUUUUCAAAAAUUUUCACAGGGAUGACCUUUGAAGGCUCCCCUGAAAAAGUUGUUCAAAGAAAUUUGAUUCGUCAAAAAACAUGGCCGCAGGAGCUCGUUGAACUUUGCAUGUUUAUUCGUUUUUGCCUAUUUUGUGAAAACUUUCAAAAAUCUUCCACAUUUUUUGUCCGAUCCUUUCCAAAUUUGCACAGUGUCUUUAUAUCAAUGAGGACACGAACCCUACAAAAAAUGAGCAUUAUUGGUCCAUGAAGUACAGAAUUACCUCCCCUUGAAUUGAGAAAAUGGUGUUUAUGCAAUAAAGUCCAAAUUUUUCAUCCAAUUCUUUCCAAACUUGUAAGGAUUUAGCAUGGUUCAAACAAGGGAAACAACUACGGUUUAUGCAUGUUCUUUUUAUUACAGAUUUGCCUCCCUUUAAUUCAUUCAAAAUCUCAUUUUACAGCAGAGAUUCCAAAUCUGACCUGUAAAUGAGCCCCAUAUUUACUGCCAGUGCUAGGUUACCUUUUCCCAUUUGAUCAUUCUUAAGUAUUGGUCUUGUAAUGCUGCUACUGCUUCUGCUACUGCUACUACUACUACUACUACUACUACUACUACUACUACUACUACUACUACUACUACUUCUACUACUACUACUACUGUUACUACUUCUACUACUACUACCACUACUACUACUACUACUUCUACUACUACUACUACUACUUCUACUACUACUACUACUACUACUACUACUUCUACUAGUACUACUACAAGUACUACUACUACUAGUACUACUACUACUACUACCACCACCACCACCACCACCACCACCACCACCACCACCACCACGUCUACUAUUACUACUUCUACUACUACUGCCACUAUUACUACUACUUUUACCACUACUACUACUACUACUACUACUACUACUACUACCACUACUACUACUACUACUACUACUACUACUACUACUACUACUACUACUUCUACUACUACUACUACUACUACUACUACUACUACUACUACUACUACUACUACUACUUCUACUACUACUACAACUACUAUUACUACUACUACUACUACUUCUAGUACUACUACUACUACUACUACUACUACUACUACACCACCACCACCACCACCACCACCACCAUUCACAGUGACAAAAAACGUAUUCACACAAUGGCUGCUACUACAACUUAUAGCCCAUAUAGGCGGGGCAUGCAUGUUUUACAAACAGCCCUUGUUUCUAUGGGAUUUUAACCACAACUGUUCAUGUUUAUCUCCGACACAUAUUUUUAGGUCACCUGUCAUGAAGUGACACGGUGAGCUUAUGUGAUUGUGUGAUGUCCGGUGUCCGUUGUGCGUGCCUGCGUGUGUCCGUGCGUCCGUCCGUCAACAAAUUGUUUGUGUAGACAGUAGAGGUCACAGUUUGCAUCCAAUCUUGAUGAAAUUUGGUCAAAAUGUUUAUCUUGAUGAAAUCCGGUUUAGGAUUGUAUUUGGGUCAUCUGGGGUCAAAAUCAAGGUUACUAGGUCAAAUAAUAGAACAACCUUCUGUAGACAAUAGAGGUCACAGUUUUCGUCCAAUCUUUAUGAAAUUUGGUCAGAAUGUUUUAUCUUGAUGAAAUCUGGGUUGGGAUUUUAUUUGGGUCAUCUGGGGUCAAAAACUAGGUCAAAUAAUAGAAAAACCUUGUGUAGACAUCAGAGAUCACAGUUUUCAUCCAACCUUUAUGAAAUUUGGUCAGAAUUUUUGAUGAAAUCUGGGUGGGAUUGUAUUUGGGUCAUCUGGGGUAAAAAUCUAGGUCAAAUAAAUAGAAAAACCUUGUGUUGACAAUAGAGGUCACAGUUUUCAUCCAAUAUUUAUGAACUGUGGUCAGAAUGUUUAUCUUGAUGAAAUCUGGAUUGGGAUUGUAUUUGGGUCAUCUAGAGUCAGGAACUAGGUCACUAGGUCAAAUCAUAGAAAAAUAUUGUGUAGACAAUAGAGGUCAUAGUUUUCAUCUGAUCUUAAUGAGUCAGGUGAGCGAUUCAGGGCCAUCAUGGCCCUCUUGUUAUGUUUAUAAAAUUACUUCUCAAUUUAAUGCUUUUUCAAAAUUAAAGAUUUUUUUUACUAUAUGUUAACAUUUAUUAUUGCAUAAACUCUAUCUAUAAUGCCCUCUGAUGGGGUGCAGAAACUUGGCAAAAGGAGGGCUUGAACGGGAGAAAUCGUGUAUUAACAAUGCGAUUCACGUGCCGUUCAAGCCCUUUUAUGUGUUUUUCAUAUCCAUAAUCUGGUCCAAGCGCAGUUACUUCCCUUCUCAAGCCUUUGACGACUUUCCAAGCAUAAAUGGGGAACUGAAUAAGCACCAGUUUCCUCAUGCAUGCAGGGAUAAUGACUAUUUCAAUCCACUUUUCAAGUUAUACAAUCUGCACUCUCUUGACAACAGCUUUAUUUUAUUGGCAACGUCAAUGAAGUUUAGGUUAUUCACUCAACAGUCAACACUUUCAAAAGACUAUGCUGUAAAUGUAAGUGUUUAUGUACCUUCAACGUUCCUGCUGUAAAUUCCAAAAUAAUUCCUCAUUUCUAACUUUGCGCGGCUGAAUUUCAACUUUGCAUUAAUCCACUGUUUAAACACAUUUUCAAUCAAAAACUGCCUAUCCAAAGGUAAAGCUCGUCAUUUCGGAUGAUGACCGAGUGAGGCAUAUGUAAAACACAACCUUGUACUGUAUUGAAAUAAUCAAAUUAUUUUGUCGAUGUUGAAUGAACAAAACAUAUUGAUUUCACUGUUAGUUAAAAUUAUUUUGGUAUGCGUGAUUUGUUUAUGCAAUAAUAGCAAAAAUACACAUUUUCUCGGACAUGAUCAUCUGCGGGCGCUCUCAAAAUCCAUUCCUGCCCUCGUGCUGCGCAAUCGGGCAGGAACGGAUUUUUCGAGCGCCCGCAGAUGAUCAUGCCCUCGAAAACGUGUAUUAUCCCUAUAUAGUAUAAUAGCAUUGUUAUCUUUACUAUAUCAACUUUUGACCUUGAGACUUUUGUAUAUGACAUGUUACUCUAAAUAUGACAUGUAUUAUGUGACAAUUUAAAUCCAUUUUUAUCUUGUUUUCGUUUAAAGGCAAACAAAAUCUUUUGGACCUUUUUUGCUAAAAUGAGCAUCUAGAGUGCAUUAGGAGCUUUUAGGAUAUAGUGAUGUCUGUCCUUUGUCAGUCCGUGUGAGGUGGGUGCAUUAACUUUUUAUUCUAGAAUUCUCGUCCUAAUCUUCAAGACAGUUUCAGCAAAUCUUCAAUGACCCUCUUUCAAAUGUUUUAACAUUUUUCUGGUGGGUUACUUAUGAAGGUCACUAGUGCUAAAAAUAGGUUUUAAAAAUGAAAAAUUGAAUAAUUCUUCUCUGAAACCACAAGGGUUAGAAGUUGAAUACUUGGUGCAUAACAUGGUCUAAUGGUCCACUACUUACCGGUAGUUUCUUCAGCCCCACUCUACAGAAAAUGGCCACAACCCAGGGGUCACAUGAUUUGUGUACACAUCUUUGAAACUACAGGGCCAAUAAGUGUAAUAUGUGGCAUGUAUGAUUGCGUGGUUGCCCUCUACCAGGUUUGUACAAAUCAUGUCCCUUUGGUCAAAAGUGGCCCGCCUAAGUGAUAAUUUGUUUCCUUUAUUUGUAUUUAUUGAAAAAUAUAAAAACUCUGAAACUAAAAGGCCCAGAGGUUUAAUAUUUAACAAUGUAUGGUUUUCUUCUACCAACUUUUUAAAAUCAUGUCCCUCAGGUAAAAAUUAGUCCCUCCCAGGGGGUUUGCUGUUUCCCUCAUUUAUAUGUAUUUAAUGAAAAUUUUAUUUACAGCUUCUCCUUUGAAACGGGAAGGCAAAGAGUAUUUGUAUUUCUUUUGAAACAUCAUACAGAGGUUAUCUACCAACUUUGUUAAAAUCAUGCCAAACUUGUCUUCACCAUUGGGGGUCACUUGCUUACUGUAUAUGUAUAGUGUUUUAAAAUAUUGUGGUCUUAAACCUUUACCACUUAGAUACGUAUUUUGACCCAUUUGAAGUCCCUCAGAAAGUUACAUUUAAUUGAAGACCUUUCUUACUAGAUUCAACUUUUAAAGGUUUCAUUUCUUACCCUUAGGUACUGAGUAACAGCAAACAGCAUUAAACCUGAACAGACUGUGACUAACUCGCAGGCUGUUCUGGUUUUAUGCUGUUUGCACAUAGCCAUUUUCACUUUUCUUGGAGGAAAAGGGUUAAACUGCAAGAACCCGAGGUUUGGUAUUAAAAUUUAUUAUCAUAUGGUGGUCCCACUCCAAGUUGAAAUUUAAUCCCAAAGUUCAGACUGGCCAAGCCCUGUGGGUUACUUGAUUCCCUUAUAUUGUAUGUAGUGAAUACUCAUACAAAUAUUUUGCUCUGAAUCCGCAGAGUCUAUAAGUAAGGUAUUUGUUUUGUAACAUAAUAUGUUGGUCCUCUACCAAGUUUGCUAACAUCAUUUCACUGGGGUCUAAAUUGGCCCUUCCCUUGUAUUUUAUUUAUCAUAAAUCAUGACCACCUGGAGGCAAGGCAGUUUUUCUUACAUGGCUGAUGUGAUUAUUCUUUUUUUAAAAAUGCAAAUUUUUCAUGAAACAUUAAAAUGAACAUGUAUGAUACUGCUAUCACAUCUGUUUUCUAACAUUGAAACGGAAACAACUCAAAAUCCGCCCAGAACAGUACAGUUCUAUACGGUCUCAGAUGAGCGAUCUAGGGCAUUUGGUCGUUUUAGCUUGACUAUUAUGUAUGAAAUACAUAUAGUGGAGCUAUUCUACUCAUCCCGGCGUUUGCGUUGGCGUUAGCAUGCAAAUGUUAAAGUUCGGUACUACCCCAAAUAUUUUCAAUGUCCCUUGACAUAUUGCUAUCAUAUUUUGCAUUCUUCUUUACCAACAUGACCCCAACCUAUAAACAAGAGCAGACAACUCUAUCAAGCAUUUUGUUAUAAUUAUGGCCCCGUUUUCCUUUAGAAUAUGCAGCAAACGUUUAAGUUUGCAUACUACCCCAAAUAUUUUCAAUGUCCCUUGACAUAUUGCUUUCAUAUUUUGCAUACUUCUUAACCAACAUGGCCCCAACCUAUACACAAGAGCAGACAACUGUAUCAAGCUUUUUGUAAUAAUUAUGGUCCCUUUUCCACUUAGAAUAUGCAUAUUAUUGAUAAAUCUAUGUUAAAGUUUGCGUACCACUUCAAAUAUUUUCAAUGUCCCUUGACAUAUUGCUUUCAUAUUUUGCAAACUUCUUUACCAACAUGCCCCCAAUCUAUAAACAAGAGCAGACAACUGUAUCAAGCAUUUUGUAAGAAUUAUGGCCCUUUUUCCAUUAAAAUAUGCAUAUUACUUUAGUUAUAUUGCCUUAACUUCUUUAUUUAUGAUCAGAUUUUAUUAAUACUUUGACAAAACAACACUUACCUGAAUACCACAAUGGAUUCCACCCAAACAAUACCCCACGCCCAACUCAAAAUAAUCCCUGUCCCCCCCCCCCCUCCCCCCCCCCAGUGCCCUCCCCACAAUUUAUUUUUUUCCUUUUUUUAUUUUUGAAAGAUCAUCUAAUAAAUGACCACACCCCACAUUAUACCCCCUCUCAACCACCUUCCCCCCCCCCCCCCCCAAAAUAAGAAAAUAAAUAAAAUUUCCCUUUUUUUAAUUUUGAAAGAUUGUCUAUUAAAUUAUUGAAUAUGAACAAUUUCCCCAUGAUGGCUUACGUUAUACUGUCAAGCACUAGAAUAGUCCUCUGACAGCUCUUGUUGUAUGACUUGUAUAUACUUGUUCUUAACCAUAAAAACAUGAACACAAAUAAAAAGCACUUUAAUGGAAAAAAAAUUUGAGUAUCUUUAUUUCCUCACCAUAUUGGCGAGGGUUUGAUAUAAUUGCUGUACAAAUUCAUAUUAGUUAGCAAAACUGUUUUCUUGAAGACAGAUAACCACUCAAGCAAUUCCUGACUGUGCAAGCAUCACAUUGAAUGUUUUUUUUAAAAUCCUUCUAAGGCUUGAGGAAAAAAAGGAUUAUCAGUGCCAUUAGUGCCUGUAAAAAAAACUGUCCCAAUUUGUUUUUAUGUCAUAAAAUUUAAUAAUUUAGCAACUAAAAAAUCUGAAAUCAGAAAUGGAGACCAUUAGACUUGUUCCAUUCUGUUCUAAGAGUUAAUAUGCAUCAUGGGUGCUGCUCUUUUGCAAGCACUUAUUGAUCCUGAUCUAGUGAAUGCCUCUGAAAGAUUAUGAUGGGGAAUUCAUUUGCUCAUUCUGGGCUUGCCCCUGUUUAUAUUCAGCAUACCCAGUCAUUGGAUGGAGCUUUUGCGAUAAAAGUAUACUGGGCAAAGGACAAUCAGAAUAUAUUUUAUAUUUACAGAUAACUUAGUCUGACCUCAAUUAUAUGUUAACAUUACUAAAACACAGUAUAAAAUUGCAUAGCCUUUGUAUCACUCUUUAAUUUCACCACUCUCAGUCAUAUUAGUCAGAAGCUAAAUGACAUAUACGUGAAGUGAAGUAUGUACCUGAAAAAAUGAAGAAAAAAAGCACCUGCCCCAUUGUUUGCUAGAAUCAGGACACGGACCCAUGUCAAGAAGCCACAUCUUUAUCUUAAGUUCCGUGUUGAAAACAAUGAAUUUCUUAAAUUCCUUAAGAGCCAUUUAGUCUUUGGUAGAUGAAAUCUUAAUGGUAAAUGGUUUGUCAGUUUACUCAGUCUUUCAGGUGAAUGGUUACACACUUUCCAUAUUGUAAGUGUAAUAAAGUAAAAUUUGUCUAAAGAUAAAUAAGAAUUACACUUGCCACUGUUCAAGGAAGGAAUUAUAGUUCAUAAGGAAAAUUAAUAAAAUAUUUUGUAUAAA